UCGAAAACGUGCUUUAUCAGCAAAACUGUCUCCAGUCGAUCCGAGCAAUGUCCCCACUGUUGACGCUGUCCACCAUGUGUUCGGACCCUUCGUGCUCUUGUUGAUAUAAAUCCCAUGGUGGUCCCGUCUGUUGUUCUGUUCCGUCAUCGCCCUUUUUCAAAACCACCUCGACAAAAAUCCACACACAACACAUCAAAAUGGCUCCUACCCACAACAAGACUCUCGUCUUCAAGAAGAUCCCCGAGGGAUACCCCGUCCCCGGCGAGCACAUCGUCAUCGAGGACCGUGGCUUCGACCCCGAUGCCGCUCCUCCCCCGGGCGGUAUGACCGUCUCCAUCCUCUGGGCCUCCUUCGACCCCUACCAGCGCGGCCGCAUGCGUGACGCCAGCGUCAAGUCCUACGCUCCCGCUUACCAGCUCGGCGGCCCCGUCACCAACGACACCGUUGCCAAGGUCCUCAAGUCCGACAACCCCGACUACCAGCCCGGUGACCUCGUUGUUGCCCACCUGCCCAUUGCCGAGUACGCCGCCCUCACCAAGACCGAGGUCGGCUCCGUCAUGGGCGGCAUCGUCGGCCAGGUUGUCCAGACCAAGAUCGACAACAAGUACGGCUUCAAGGACCUCGGCCUCUUCCUCGGUCCCCUCGGCAUGCCCGGUCUGACCGCUUGGUCGUCGUACAAGGAGAUUGGCCAGCCCAAGGCCGGCGAGACCAUCUUCAUCAGCAGUGCUGCCGGCGCUGUCGGCCAGGUCGUUGGCCAGAUCGCCAAGCGCGAGGGCUUGAAGGUUAUCGGCUCCGUCGGCGCCGGCGAGAAGCUCGACUUCAUCAUCAACGAGCUCGGCUUCGAUGGCGGCUUCAACUACAAGAAGGAGAAGCCGCUCGAUGCCCUCAAGAGGUUGGCUCCUCAGGGUAUUGACAUUUACUACGAGAACGUCGGUGGUGAGCACCUCGACGCUGCCCUCGAGUGCCUCAACACGUUUGGUCGCAUUGUCGCUUGCGGCAUGAUCUCCCAAUACAACGUCAAGCCCGGAGAGGCCUACGGCGUCAAGAACCUCAUCCAGGUCGUCGCCAAGCGCCUCACGAUGCGCGGCUUCAUCGUCUUCGACAAGGACUUUGGCCCCAAGUACGCCAAGGAGCAUCAGGAGCAGCUCUCCAAGUGGAUCGCCGAGGGCUCCGUCAAGUUCAAGCUCCACGUCACCGAGGGCAUCGACAACGCCCCCAAGGGUCUUGUCGGUAUCUUUAAGGGCGAGAACUUUGGCAAGGCUGUCCUUCACAUCAAGGAUGAGUAAAGUGUUCUCUCCUCUUUAAAAAUAAACAAAAAAGCAAGAGAUUGAUGGAUGGAUGGAUGUAUUAUACCCGCCGCUAGCUAUGUAAAUUGUAAUUGCUAGUUUUCGAAUAAAAGAAAACAAUUGAAAGAAAAAACAAAUCCUUAAAGGG